UUCUCUUUUCUUUUAACUGAGCGAUGGGAGAAAUCAUCAUGAAGUCUCCAGUGAUAUAAUAACCAGUCCAAAUCUAGAUGAUGCCAUUGACACUUCUGCAGAGACAGACCAUCUUCCUGCCAUAGAAGGAGAGAUCAGCACAGACACAGAUCACUGAUGGCAAGUACAAGCUAAAUAUACAGAGAUUUGUCUAUAAAAUAAGAUUCCAAGAGAAACUCUACAGAUCCAUAUACAAAAUUCAAUGAUCCAAUCAGAUGAUGAUAAUUAAUCUUUUUUUAAGGACAAUGAACAGUCUAGAAAAGAAGGGAGCAAAGAUGGUCAUGCAGAAAUGAGUGAAGCACCUGAACUACGUGACUCUGAUUCAUCUGAUAACAGCCUGGACAUCAUACUUCCCAAUUUAUCCAUUGCAUUAACUGGAAAUCCUACGGCCAUCGAGACUGGGCAUGAAAACAUUCUACUAGGAGAAAAACAUAUGGAAAAUGCAGAAAUAUCCAGGAUUGUUCCUUUACAACGGAAGAUAUCAGAACAUCACGUCUCUGUGAUCAACAUGAUCAGCUUUCAUGAGGAUGAACAUGAGAAUCAUCGUAUUGGUCAAUUAAUGAAUGACAAUGAAAUCCACGCCUUCAUCUUUGUUGUGCGACUGGGCCAGUUUACAGAUGAUGAUAAGAUUGGUCUUGAAUGGCUUCAGAGAGUGUUUGGAGACAAAGUUCUUCAGUUUCUGAUUAUUCUCUUCACCUACGAGAGAGAAGAAGAGUGUGACAGAAUAAAAGAUGAUCUAAAGAGCAACUCUGUUCUGGAGCAGCUGGUGGAGAAAUGUGGAGGAAGAUAUCACACCUGCAACAAGAUGAUGAACAACCAAACAGAGAUGAGAGACCUGAUGGACAAGAUUGAGCGUCUGUUUAAUAAGAAUAAACAGCAGUGCUACAUUGGAGAGAUGUUCAACACAGCAAUAGGAAAGAGUGACAUUUUGAAAAACAGUGAAUGUGAAAGUGAUUUAGGAAAAAAUGCAGAAGUUGAAAGUUGUGUGCUGCUGAGAAAAGUUGUAGAUGAGGCGACUGCAACAGGAAACCUCACUGAGCAAAUGAGUGAAGAUAAAAAUGAAAGAAGAAAAGAGGAGAGUAUGACUACAAAAUAUGUUUCAGUAAAGAAGGAAAGGAGCAACUUUGAAAUAGUCAGACAAGGUCAAUACUGGAAGUGGGAAAUAUGUGAAAGAGAAAAGGAACAUCUAUUUCACAGACUUCAUCUUGACAGGGAUCACAACAAACUGAGAGCUGCAGACAUUCUUCAAAUAACUGCAUGUUCAUUACAGACCCAUGAGUCUUGUGCUGAAGAGAAGUUGGUUCAGACUUUCAUACAAAAACUACUGAUGAUAAACUACAGAGCAAGAUAUAUUACUAUUAACAAGGCCAUUGAACAAGAUCACACAAAACAAACAGACAAUGACUCAUCUGAAGAAGGUGGUGAUAUAUUCAAAGCAAUGUGUUUUUCUAACAAAGGUCAAUCUGAACAAAUUCACCCGAUGGAUGUUCAGAUGGCCGUGUUUCAUUGUGCUGAUGGUUUCCUGAAGCAGCUGAUGGUCACUAAACUGUCCCAGUGUCAGUACGCUCUGCCUCUGCUUGUUCCUGAUCCAGUCACACAACAGAUUGAGUUUCCUCUCUGGACAUUCAGACAAAUCAACAAGAGCUGGAAGAUCAGAAACACCAACAAUGAAACCAUCAGUCGAAACCAGCCGAUCUACAAGGCUGAAACUCCAAUGGUGUUUUUCUUCAGGUUUGGCUCUGUGUCUUCAUCCAAGUCUCAGCUGAUGAACAGUCUGAUCAAUGAGAAACACAACACGUUCUUCCACAGGAACUGCCCAGGCAGCAGCAGAACUAGAGUCCUGAUGGAUGGAGUGGUGGAGAUCGCCUGGUUCUGCCCCUCUGGAUCAUAUGAUGAUAAAUUCAAUGACUGUGUUGCAUUCUGUAAUCUACACGGUGAUGCAGGAGACCAUGAGAAACAGCUGGAGAUCCUCACUGAAAUGGCUUCAGUCAAUGUAGUUCUUCUACCACAACUUGACAGGAAUGACAAAAGUGCUGCAAUAAUACAAGACCUGUACAGGAACUCAAAGCCACUCAUUUUUCUUUUUACUGAGGAUGAAUCUACUGUAAUUGAGAGAAAGAAAUGGAAAUUCAAAAUUGGUUUGAAAGACAGAAAUCAGUCAGCUGUAUCUGAAGAACUCAGAAGAGCUAUAAAUGAUUGUCUCUCAGAAUCAUCUUCCCUUUUCAAACUUGAAGAUGUGUCCAAACACUCAGACAUCAGAGUAGAUGAGGAAGAUGAUGAUGACUGCAGGAGAGGAAGAGAAGCAGCACAGCAGAUGAUGAGUUUACUGGAGAAGAAAGAUCUGACAGAAAUCAAAGAAUCAGUUCUGCCUCAUCAGGGGAAACUGUGGCAUCAGUGGAGUCAGAAAAACAAAGAACUACAUCAAAAUCAAGCAUAUGACACAGAAACGGAAAUUAGUAAAAAACAUGCUGAAAUGAAGAAAAUUCGUCAAAUCCAACAUGAAACCGGAAUCAGUAAGUUUAUGAUGUUCUUUAUUAAAGAAAUGAACUUACAUGCUGAGAAUAAGAAGUAUUUCCUUGAAUGGCUUGAGAUCUUCUUGGAUGACUAUAUCUCACAGGAUGUUUCUGUUCUUCAUCACAAAUAUGAUGAUAAGUGGUCAGUGGUUGUAAAACUGAAAGAGAACGAUAAUAAACCUGAACAACUCAAAGUUGAACAAAAUGAACUUGAGAAAAUAUCUGAGGAACUUCAAGCUGCCGCCUUUGGUCUGGAGCACAUCAUGAGGGAGAUCGGUCAGAUCUAUGAAUCAUGUGAAUCUGUGCAAAAGAACAAGAAAGACCUGCAGUUUGACUUCUCUUCUCUCCCGAGUCUUGCAGCAGAGAUGAUGAUCUCUGGAUUUCCACUGGAGCUGAUGGAUGGAGAUGCUGCUCAUGUUCCUGUGGUCUGGAUCUCUGCUGUUCUAGAUGAACUCAUCCAGAAACUGGGAGACCAGAGAGUCUUUGUGCUGUCAGUUUUGGGGAUUCAGAGCUCUGGGAAAUCCACCAUGCUGAAUGUCAUGUUUGGACUCCAGUUUGCCGUCAGUGCUGGCAGGUGCACCAGAGGAGCUUUCAUGCAGCUGGUCAAAGUGUCAGAUGAGAUGAAAACACAGAUGAACUUUGACUAUAUUCUGGUUGUAGAUACUGAGGGUCUAAAUGCUCUAGAACUGGCUGGAAGAUCAACCAAAGGUCAUGACAAUGAAUUGGCCACAUUUGUUGUUGGUCUUGCAAAUCUGACCUUAAUCAACAUCUUUGGAGAAAACCCAUCUGAGAUGCAGGACAUUCUUCAGAUUGUUGUUCAGGCCUUCUUGAGGAUGAAGAAGGUCAGACUGAAUCCCAGCUGUGUGUUUGUGCAUCAGAAUGUUUCAGACAUCACAGCUAGAGAGAAAAAUAAGCAGGGAAAGAGACGACUGCAGGAGAAACUGGAUGAGAUGACAAAACUCGCUGCUGAAGAGGAAGGCUAUAAUGCAGAAUGUUUCAGAGAUGUCAUUAGAUUUGAUGUUCAGAAUGAUGUGAAGUAUUUUGCUCAGUUCUGGGAGGGAAGCCCACCCACGGCACCACCAAACCCAAAAUACUGCGAGAAUAUUCAACAACUAAAGAAAACUAUUAUGUCUCAAGCCUCAAAAUCACAUGGAAUGAUACUUAAAAACUUCAAAGAUCAUAUUAAAGAUCUCUGGGAGGCUUUACUGAAGGAACGAUUCGUCUUCAGCUUUAGAAAUUCUCUGGAGGUCACAGCCUACAGGAAACUGGAGGCCGAAUACAGCAAGUGGUCCUGGAGUCUUCAAAAAAUGAUGGAAACUGAGAACAAACUACACAACAAAAUAGAAAAUGAAGCAAUUCAUGAGGUUGAGGAAACUGAUCUUCAAACAGAACUGAAGAAGACAAGUGAAGAAGUGAAAAAAUCAAUGUCAGAAUUCUUUGAGCAAGACACAGAUGCAGAUAUACUGAUUCAGUGGAAAACAUCAUUUGAAAUCAAAAUCAAAGAGCUUCAGGACAAGAUUGUGAGAGAAACAAAUAGGAAAUUAAAUGAAAUUCUUCAGCAGCGAGACCUGAAGAAAAAGAUUGAUGCUCAGAGGACACUUCAUGAAAACACUCUCUAUGAAAAGAGCAAAGAGCUUGCCUUAAAACUCAAAGACAAAGCAAAAGAUAAAGAAACACUAAAGAAAGAGUUGGAUUUGUUUUGGAAUCAGAGUGUAAAGAAGAUCAUUACAGACACUCAAAUUUCAAUCAAAGACAUUGAUAUGUUGAGAGAUGUGAAACUCCUUCUCAGUGAUGUCUAUGGAGUAGACCACAGGAAAGAGGGCAGUGAGUACAAUGAUAUUUUCACUGUGAGGAGUUUUGGUGAAUAUGUUAUUUUUAGAGAUGUCACAAAAAGAAUGCAUGUAAAGAGUUUUCUUAGGAAAAUUCAAAAACCAUUUAGAUUUACUCAAAAUCCAAAGAGUGAUGACCAGAUACGAUCAUUAGUCACAGAUGUUGCUCAGCAGACAGACAAAAUGACAGUCAGUAAUAUUUCAAAGAUGGGCUACAAUAUCAGCUACAUUCAAGAACUCAUAGAUUACAUCAAGAGAAGAGUAACAGAACAUCAGGAAGGACCAGUGAAAUAUGUGUUCAAGAAUGAAUUCAUUGUUGAUUUGAUUUAUUCCAUCUGUAAGAGAUCAAACAAGAUGAUCACAGACCAACACAGAAUAUUCAAGGAAGCUAAUGAUCCUGUAAUAUAUUUUGGGAAGAAGAAAGAAGAGUACUACAAAAUUUUCCAGAAAUACUGUCAUGGAGCAACAUCAACUGCCAUUUUUGGUGAGAUCAUCUGUCAGAAACUGAAAGAGCCCAUUGAGCAGAGUGUCUACAAGAAGACUGACAGAGAUCUGACAGAUGAAAUCAGAUCAGACUGUGAAUCACUGAAUGGAAACAGAUCGAAUCUGGAGAAACAUAUCCUGAAGACACUGGCAGAAGAGGAGUAUUUUUACAAAUACAUGAACUACAUUCAUAAUCCCAAAGAUCACUUCAGGAGUUUCAUCAGAGAUGAAGUCAGUCAGUACAUCACUGAUAAGUUCAGUGUCAGUGUUUUACCCAAGAUGAAGAAGAACAUUAAACUCCUGCAGCAGAAGAUCAUGGAAGCAGCACAUGAAUCUACUGAACAUGUUCAAGAGAAUAGAGGAGAUGUUGGUUUGUGGUUGAAGAGUUUCACACAGAAGCUCUCAGAUGUGCUGAUCUUCUCUGAAAAAGACCUCAGUGGAGUGAAACAUGAUGAUGUUGAUGAUUUCAACCUCCUAGAAGAUGUGUUAAGACAAGAACUUCCUGCUAUAAUGUCUCAUAUCAGCAGUAGAUUCAAUACAAAGACAUUUCCUGCAAACCUGGACAACAAACUGAGGCCAGAUGAGCUUCUGAUUGAUCACUUCUGUCAGUGCUGUUGGGUUCAGUGUCCGUUCUGUGGAGCCAUCUGCACCAACACCAUAGAAAACCAUCCUGGAGAUCACAGUGUUCCUUUCCAUCGUGUUACUGGCCUGAAUGGGUGGUUUCACUACAACACAACAAACUUGUCUACUCUAAUCUGCACAUCAGCAGUAGCAAGCAGCACUAUGUAUUUUCAUCCCAAUGACAAUGAAGACAAUGUCCUCUGGAGCGAUUAUAAAAGUGCAGGAGGAGAAUAUGCAGACUGGAACAUCACCCCUGAUCUCUCUGAACUGCCCUACUGGAAGUGGUUUGUGUGCAAAUUCCAGAAUCGUCUUGAAAAGUGCUACAAUAAAACAUUUGAGGGACUGGGUAAGAUCCCAGAUGAAUGGAGAAUAUACUCAAAACAAGAUGCUUUUGAGAGUUUGGAUAAAUACAUCUAAUUGAACAAAUAAAAUAAGCUUCUUUAGGUUUUGACUCACAGAAUACAGUUUGCAAAGAGUUUCUGUUCUACACUUCACUGAGUCUGAAAUCAACUAAACCUCAUUUCACAGAAUACAAGACUGUACUUCAUAAACCAGUAUUUGUACAUUGAUCUACACUGAACUGUUGCAUUACGGAAAGCUCCAACUCUAAACAUCAUUAAAGAUUUCUCACGUCUAACUUAAAAAUAAUUACUGGGAAAUUACUGAGAAGUGCCAUCUGAUGUAAUUUAAAAGAUUUUGGCAACUGAUGAGCAUAGCUUGGCAUUAAGGGAAAUUCAAAUUUGAGUAUUCCCACCUUUGACUUUGUCUGUAAUGUGGCUUAAAACAAUUGAUAUUGGAACAAAAUGUCUAAUUUUGUCCUUUCAAUUUACUUUAGUUUUAAGUGUUCAAUAUUUUCACUGUCUUGUAGUUUUAUUUUAGAUCUUGUAUUUUCGGACUGUCAAACCACAGUUUUUAAUUAAAGUGAUUUACAUGCGUUUAAUGGCUAUCUAGAGCUAUUACUGUAGUGGCAAUGAACUUAUUAACUUACAUGAUACUGUGCAUCUAAAACAAUUAUAUGUGGUCAUUCUUAGUUUUGGAGAAACGAAAAUAUAUUUUAGUGGGCAACAAUGUUUACAAAAUUUUGGACCUACAGUAUGUGUGCAUGUUUGUGAUUAUGUACAAGACGGAAACGUCUUCAAAUAAACUUAUUCAAUUAUGUGUAUAUCUGAAUGUAUGUGUGUUUAGGUAUGGAUGCUCAUGUAAAACACAGCAAUAUAAUUAAUCACCAAUAAAUUCAAUACAUUUCUGAGAAAUACAAACUGCAAGCAGCAAUGAAAGGGCCAUCGCACCUGGGCUCACCGCCACCCACUG